AUGCCUUCAAAGACCAAUACCCCCGUAGCACUCUUUCUAGCACUCAACGUUCUAUUCUUUGCUCUAGCGAGUGGUUACACCAUCUGCCCCAGCCCUAACCUAAAGCCAUCUGAUGCAGCGUGUCCAAUAGACUCCCUUAAACUAGGUGUGUGUGCCAAUGUGCUUGGGCGUUUACUUGGUCUUGAUGUUGGGAACCCACCGAAUAGACCAUGUUGUAGCCUCAUAGAAGGCCUUGUUGAUCUUGAGGCUGCUACUUGCCUUUGCACUGCCAUCAAAGCCAAUGUUUUGGGGAUCAAUCUGAAUGUUUACAUUCGUCCACCUACAAACGCCCAAGUUACUUAUGUGGUUGAUGAUUUUUAG